AUGGCCUGGGCCAGGGAGAGGUUGAAAAUGUUAGUAAAAGGCAUCAGUCAGCUGUACUGCACAGGCCCUGAGCACUCAGCUAGGAAUGCCAUCAGGGCCAGUAGCUUUAUAUGCCUUCACCCUGCUCAGGAUGGAGCACACAUCACUGGUGGAGAGUGUGAGCAGCAGGUCGACAGUCACAGUUUCUGUAAAGAGUGUCUUCAACAGUUCUGGAGAACCAAGGAAACUCAGGAGUGUCCUGUCUGCAGGAGAUUGUCAAAUCAUGAUCCUCCAGUAAAUCUUGUGUUAAAAAACUUGUGCGAGUCGUUCCUGAAGGAGAGAAAGGAAGAGCUCAAUACAGCGCUGAAGUCUUUACAAGAGAAACUUAAGCACAAUGAAAACAUUAAAGAAGAGUUCAAGAAAACCGUUCAACACAUGAGGUCUCAAGCUGAGUACACAGAGCGUCAGAUUAAACAGCAGUUUGAGAAGCUUCAUCAGUUUCUCAGAGAUGAAGAAGAAGCCACAAUUACUGCACUGAGGGAGGAAGAGGAGCAGAAGAAGCAGAUGAUGAAGGAGAAGCUGGAGGAGAUGAACAGACACAUCUCAGCUCUUUCACACACAAUCAAAGACACAGAGGAGAUGAUGAAAGACAAUGAUGUCUGCUUUCUAAAGAAGUUUCCAGUCUCAAUGGAAAGAGUCCAGAUCUCACAGCCGGAUCCACAGACACCUUCUGGAGCUUUGAUUCAUGUGCCACGUUACUUGGGCAACCUGCCCUUCAGAGUCUGGAAGAAGAUGCAGGACAUCGUCCAAAACACUCCUGUGAUUCUGGAUCCAAACACUGCAAAUCAAUUUCUCGUCCUGUCUGAUGAUCUGACAAGUGUGAGAUACAGUGAGGACAAUCAACCACUUCCUGAUAAUCCAGAGAGAUUUGACAGCUAUCCAUGUGUUCUGGGUUCAGAGGGCUUUAACUCAGGAAAACACUGCUGGGAUGUGGAGGUUAAAGAGAGUCGAUACUGGAGUCUUGGAGUAACUACAGCAUCAACACAAAGGAAGGGAUGGAAAUUCCUUUACACUGAUGUCUGGAGUGUGUGGUAUGAUCCAUUUCAGAUUGUCUCAGUAUUUCAACCCAACACUACUUUUCCUGUUAAACAGAAGCUUGAGCGUGUGAGAGUGUAUCUGGACUAUGACGGAGGAACAGUGUCAUUCUCUGAUCCUGUAACUAACACACACCUACACACAUUCACAACCUCCUUCACUGACACUGUCUUUCCAUUCUUUGGUAGUAUUUUCCAUCUGCGGAUCUUACCGCUCAUUAGUCAGUAAUUGUUACAGCUGUAUUCAUGCUUCAAUAUUUAAUCCAUAACACAUGAGUAAGAGUGCUGUUGAUCUGAAUAUCAGUACAGCUGUGAUUGGGCCACAGCUGAUCACAUGACUGAUAUCCAGCUCUACAGACGCAUACGGCUGUUAUACAACAGAUCAAUGAACAAUAAAUAAUAAAAAUGAUUUAGUAAGAUUAAUCAAACUGUAAAAUGAUUAUGAGUUUAUAAGAUCCAUCAUUGUCUGCUGAGGUGAAGUUAGUAUUAAGACGCUUAAUUGUAGACACAAUAUA